UGUCAUGAAGGCAAACGAAAGGAAGCUAGUCAUUAUCCAUCCGAGGGGAAGCAGGCGCCACAGUUUCAUAAAUAACGAAAAGCCAUGGCACAUUUUCGUGGUCAGAUUCGGGGGCCACACUGGGGCGCCAAAAGGGAUAACGUACUAAUAGAUUUCUGGAAAAGGCACGAAUGUUUGUUUAAUUCCUCGCUGGAGUCUUUCUACGACAGGGACAUGAAGACAAAGCUGUGGUCCGAGUGCGCCUUGUUGCUGGGGAAGUCUGUAUGCGAUGUUGUGAGAAGAUCACGAUCUCUGCGGACUCAGUAUGGAAGGGUGUUAUGGCACCCAGAGAGGGUCAAUACUUUUCAGCAAAGGAUGCUGAGAGAGAAACUAGAUUUUCUGAGACCUUACAUUGUGCGAAGACGAGGUGAUUCCUAUCCGGAGGACAAGUCCGAUGAGCAUGAGGAUGAUGAGGCAGAGGUUGAGACUGAGGGGAGUAAUGAUCAUGAGCCAGGUACAAGCACAUUUGGGAGCCCAUUGGAUGAUGAUGAGGCUGGGCAAGAUCCAAAUGAGGAAUUUCCAUCUGAGGCAUCCACCUCAAACCCUUCUUCUUACUGUGCAAAUACACAACCUCAUCUAGCAGAGACUAUGUCCUUGAGUUUUGAACCUCAUGAUGACAAAAGCUCACCUGAUGUUCCUGAACAGUUACCAGCAAAUCUAUCAAAUCACGACGUAUUAAACCAGUUUGUCAACGUCAUGCUGGCAGAUAUGCGUCAGAUUAAAGACAACAUGGUGCUUAUCCGACUUCGCCGAGAUAUCACUGACCUGGUGUUCAAAGCAGUGGAGGAGGACAUGCAAAGACGCAAUCCAGUGCCCUCUCUGCAGCCAGGAGAAAAUACACAACUACCAAGCUCCUCAAGGCCUCCAACUUCCUUGCAGAGGGUGUUCAAGAGAAAGAACAGGGGACCUGUAAAGCACAUAAGGAGGUUUUGCAGGAACCAAACAGGUCAGGUGCUUGAGGGGAUUAAUGGAAAUAUCCCUCAGGCUAUGAUUCAAGCUUCGGAGAUCAAAUUAGAAAUAGAUCCGCACAUGGUUAAGACAGAGGAUGAGACACUUACUGUUCUGUGACAUUUCCAUCAUUGUGCGUGAAUCACUGGUAUUCAACAAAUCAAUCUGAUCAGAAGUUGACAUGAUUGGUGAUGACUUAAUAUUGCCAGUGAAUGGCCAAACGAGGUAAUCAUUUUAGACUAGGCAUAGGCCGGUUACCGGAUUAAUGAUUUACCAUACUUUUAAAUAGUCAAGAUUUUAAUAACUGCUAAUAUUGGCUGUCACUGGUAAUAUGCUGCUCUUUUCUUUUUUGACGGAAUGUCGGAGUUGAGUAAACGAAACGCAUAUUUUAUUCUUAUUAAU